AUGGACGCAUCUCGCGAUGACGCCUACUUCCUUCCGCAUCAUGCGUCGCUGACGAGUCUGGACCCGCUCGACGUUUGCGGUGACCUUCCUGAGGCAAUUCGCCAAGAUGGCACAGUUUCGCAAGGUUACCUCUUAAAGACAGCAUUGAUACAGGCUGACGCCGAUCUUGCGCGCAUCGAGUCGGUGGAUGGGCGAGGGGAGGACCAUCUCAGGCAGUGGGUUGCUCGCUUCGACGAGAUGGUGCAGGUGCUGGCUUACAGCUUGCACCAGGCUGGCCAUGUGGACACCGGCUUUCUGCAGGAGGUUCUUGCAGAACAGACGUGGGACCACCUUGCGUGCUUUCGAUCCCACCUCCUGCAGGUAGCCCUCGAACUUCCAGAUCUGUUUCCAAGCGGUACUCUAGACUAUCUGUCCUGUAUUUCUCCAGAACAGUCUUUUUCUGGCCAGCAGGUCGACUCUCUGCUCUCCCAUCUGUUCUUGGGCACUCUGCAGAUUCCCAAGGGGAACGACUGGGGGAGGCCAGGGUUCUUGGCCUACUUCCGCGGCGAUCCUCCUAUCGAAAGCACAGUCAGGGGGUAUGCCACCACACUUAUCGCCCAUUUCGCCAGUGGUGGGUACACCAAGCCGUGUGCAGGAUCAGAGGACGGCUGCUUUGUAUUCCGGUGGUCUACGUCCGAUGGCAUGGCUGAUGUUGCUUCUGCCAACGUUUCGGCCACUCUGAAGAUCAAGCUGGUCGCACAGGCGAUUGAACCAUCUGCCGAAGGGGACGCAGAUACUUUUGUGCUUCUCAAUGCGCAUUCGCAGCCAGGACCUGGCCCUUCGGGAACCCACGAGGAAAAGCUGAUGGGACAGUCUCCUGCUCUUGCCAUCACUUCGCUGGUGGCUCCUCUAUUGGACAAGAAGGCUGCCAUCGUCACCUCUGCGUUCCCGGUGCACGGACAGUGGCAGGGCUAUGGUCGGAAAGCUCAUCUGGUCCAGCUUUUUGACGCUACAGCCGGGUCCACCGCCCAUCAAAGACGGUACAUCAUCGCCGACGCCUUGGAACUCGACAUGGCGUCCGAUAGUGGGGCCCUCCCUGACCUUGAUCAAGGCAACGUACUACGAGAGGUGAAGAAGCUGUAUGCUGGGUUCAAGGGUGCGCUGUCCUGGUGGCAAAGCGCAGACACCGCUGGCCGUAGUUCAGCGCCGGCGGCAUUUCGGAUCGAGGCAGUGCCGUGGGGCUGUCAGGCGUUCGGUGGUGAUCUGGUGGUGAAAGCGCAGUGCAUGAUAAUGGCAGCUGCCUUGGCCAACAUCCAAUCUGUAGACCUCUACAUCCCAACCGAACGACUGGAACAAGCACAGCAGAUUCAAGCUUUGUCUGAACAGCACAAGACGGCAGCCGAGCUGUUCGCCAGACUAACAAUAUUCAAAGCGGCUAGAGAGUCAACUUUGUAG